CAUAGAAACCUUAUAUGGCUGAGGCUACUUGGAGCCCAGGUACAACCACCGAAGACCUAAACGGAAACCAAAACCACUUCAUUGUCAGCCAUGCUCUGUGGCCAUCUGGAUUGGUUUCAAAAGAAAACCAGGAAGCAGUCUGCAAGUGACACACGUGUACUAACCGAGGGUUUAUCCCACAGUACUGGAGCCUCCCGUCUCAGCGAGGAAUCGGCUAUCUGCUGUUGGGCGAGUAGGGCAGGAAGGAAGUGUGGGAGCCGACGGAUGCACCAGCGGGCGACUCGGCUCUGGCCAUUCUCCCUGAGCUGCCGUCAGCAGGGUCCUGCCAGGUGUGUCCAGGAUGGACCUAGCAGUGAAUGAGGCCUCUCUGUUCGCACUCACAGGUCGGGUGUCGUCAGCAUCCGGGACGACCACAGGACCUGCUGGAUUUCCUCCCGCACUGUCUCCAGCAGGUGAUGGCUUGCCUGCAGUCUCAGCCACGUCCGAGCCUACGGCUUUGCCGUCCACACCCAGGCCCCUGGCAGGUGAUGGAUUGCCUGUAAGCACACCCACAACGGAGCCCGUGGCCCUGCAAUCCAUGCCCACCGCCAUGGCAGGAAGCUGGGCCCCUGUGCGCCUGGCUGGCAGCCGUGGGAGCUGUGCCGGCCGCGUGGAACUCUUCUACCAGGGAGGCUGGGGCACUGUGUGUGACGACCUGUGGGGCCUCCCGGAAGCCAACGUCGUGUGCAGGCAGCUGGGGUGCGGCGGGGCCGUCGCGGCCCCGGGGGAGGCACACUUCGGGGAAGGUUCUGGAAAGAUCCUCCUGGACAAUGUGCACUGCCUGGGAGAGGAGCCGCGCCUGGAGGAAUGCUCGCACGUCGGCUGGUUCUCCCACAACUGCGCUCACGGGGAAGACGCCGGUGUGAUCUGCGCAGAUGCCGACUACUCACCUGACACACCACCAGCAGGUCUCCUGUCGGCUGCCCCAGUGGGAACGGCGGCUCCAGAAAAACCUCAGUGUGGUGGCGUCAUCACCAACUCAUCCGGAGCCAUCAGGAACCCUCCGCGCACGGCGCUGCACGACGACAUCACCUGCGUGUGGGAAAUCAAGGCCAACGCCUCCGACCAGGUCCGGCUGGCCUUCCCACAUCUCAGCCUCGACUGCACCAAUGAGUAUUUUGAGAUCCUGGACGGCCCUGUGUCCUCAGCAAAGUCCCUGGGCAAGAGCUGCUCGGGCUCCUACCUCACCUACGUGUCCUCCUCCAGCUCCAUGACCCUGGUCUACUUCAGGAGCGUCAACAACAUCGGGAAAAACUUCGUUGCUUAUUAUUACUCUGCAGCCAAAGAAGCCGAGUCCCGGACCCCGCAUCUGACCGUGAUCCCGACAGCGACACCCCAGACAAUCACAGCAAGGCCAGGGGACUGGCCGGAGCUGCGGCUGGUGGGCGGCUCUGGCCGCUGUUCAGGACGCGUGGAGGUCUUCCACCAGGGGGCCUGGGGCACCGUCUGUGAUGACCUGUGGGACCUGAACGAAGCCGAGGUUGUGUGCAGGCAGCUGGGCUGUGGCUGGGCCGUGUCUGCCCUUGGGAAGGCCCAGUUUGGCCCGGGCUCAGGAGACAUCUUCCUGGACAACCUUCAGUGCGCCGGGGUGGAGCGCUACCUGGGCCAGUGCACCCAUUCAGGCUGGUCGGAGCACAACUGUGACCACCACGAGGACGCCAGCGCCAUCUGCUCAGACGCUGAAGAAUCCCUCGCCAAGAGUCCAGGGGACUGGCCAGAGCUGCGGCUGGUGGACGGCUCGGGCCGCUGCUCGGGCCGCGUGGAGGUCCUCCAUCAGGAGGCCUGGGGCACCGUGUGCGAUGACCUGUGGGACCUGAAUGAAGCUGAGGUCGUGUGCAGGCAGCUGGGCUGUGGACGGGCUGUUUCUAGCCCUGGCGAGGCUCACUUUGGCCCUGGAUCAGGAGACAUCUUCCUGGACAACCUCGAGUGCACUGGGGUGGAGAGCUACCUGGGCCAGUGCGCCCACCUGGGCUGGUCAGAACACAACUGUGGCCACCAUGAGGACGCCGGUGUCAUCUGCUCAGGUGCAGAAGCCCUACCACCGACCACAGCUCCAGGUCCUUCCGUAGCCUCCCAGGAUCCUGUUACAGGAGGAAGCGGCUCCUGUGGAGGGCUCAUUUCCAGUCUCUCCGGCUCGUUUUCCAGCCCACACUACCCAGAAAGCUAUCCGACAGACAUCCAGUGCGUCUGGGAAAUCCACGUGGAGAGAAAGUUCCGCAUACAACUCAUGAUUCCGAACUUGAAACUGGAAGACAUCCUGGGGUGCCCCUACGACUCCGUUGAAAUCUUUGAUGGCCCCAGGAUAGCCUCGCUGUCCAUGGGGAAGUUCUGUGCCUCUGUGGCUGUGCUGUUUUUCUCCUCUUCAGACAUCAUGACCGUGGUUUUCCGCAGCGAUUCUAUGAUAACCAACGUUGGCUUCUAUGCUCUGUUUAAUGCUAUUCCACAGGACGAAAGAGAGUCAGAAGAUGGACCAAUGCUGCAACUUGUGGGCGGCUCCGGCCGGUGCUUGGGACGUGUGGAGGUCUUCCACCAGGGGGCCUGGGGCACCGUGUGUGAUGACCUGUGGGACCUGAAUGAAGCUGAGGUCGUGUGCAGACAGCUGGGCUGUGGACGGGCCAUCGCUGCUCCUGGAAAAGCCUACUUUGGUCCAGGGUCUGGGAACAUCCUUCUGGACAACAUUCAGUGUUCAGGAAGUGAGAGCCACCUUGGCCAGUGCCCCAGCUCCAGCUGGUCAGACCACAACUGCGGCCACCAUGAGGAUGCUGGUGUCAUCUGCUCAGAUGCUGGGACCUGGGCCCCAGAGGUGACCCCUGCACCCCCAGUAGCCAGUACUCAAGCGCCCGUGCCACGAGAAGGGAGUAACUCUUGCGGCGGAAUGCUUUCCAGUCUCUCUGGCGCCUUCUCCAGUCCUUGGUAUCCUGCAAACUACCCCACCAACGUGGAGUGCGUCUGGGUGCUACACGUGGCUGAGAAGUUCCACAUAGAGCUGAGGAUCCCGAGCCUGGAGUUAGAGGACAUCUACGGGUGCCCGUACGACUUCCUGGAAGUCUUCGACGGCCGGCAAGCCGCCUCGCGCUCCAUGGGCAGGUUCUGUGCCGGAGCGGAGCUCACCUUCCUCUCCUCUUCGAACAUCAUGACCGUAGUGUUCAGAAGCGACUCCGUGGUCACCAGCACCGGCUUCCGUGCUCUGUACAGCGCCGUCGAGCAAGACGCACAGCCGAGCGACAUGUCCCUCCGUCUGGUGAAUGGCAGCCACAGGUGUGAAGGCCGGGUGGAAGUCUCCUACAACGGCACCUGGGGCACGGUGUGCGACGACGGCUGGGACCUGUCGGACGCCAGGGUGGUGUGCCAGCAGCUCGGCUGCGGGGACGCUCUGUCGGCCCCCCCGCAGAGCUACUUCGACGGAGGCACCGGCCACAUCCUGCUGGAUGACAUGCAGUGCACAGGGGCCGAGGCCAAGGUGUGGCAAUGCAGGCACAGCGGAUGGUUCUCCCACAACUGCGGGCACCACCAGGACGCCAGCGCCAUCUGCUCAGGGAUCGAUGGCAGUCCGGAUGCAGCACCAGCAGACGACGAUUUGCAGUGUGGCGGCUUGCUCACAAAUAGCUCAGGCUCCCUCUCCAGUCCUUGGUACCCUCGGAAGUACCCCACAAAUGUGGUGUGUGCCUGGGACAUACAGGUGGAUAGCAGGGCCCGCAUCAAGCUUACCUUUCAAGUGGUAAAGCUGGAAAAUUUCUACGGCUGCCCAUACGACUUCAUCGAAAUCUUCGAUGGUCCGCAGAGCGAGCCGUUCUCGCUGGGGAAGUUCUGUUCCGGGGCCGCCCGGGUAUUCACCUCCUCUGCAAACCACCUGACCGUGGUGUUCCACAGCGACGCCAUCAUCACCAACAGCGGCUUCCACGCCUCCUACGAGUCUCUGGUGCCGGAUGAGAAUGACGCUGGGGUGGCCAUCAGGCUGAUGGACGGCAGCCACCGGUGUGAAGGCCGCGUGGAGCUGUACUACAACGGCACCUGGGGCACGGUGUGUGACGACAGCUGGGACCUGCGCGACGCCCAGGUGGUGUGCGGGCAGCUGGGCUGCGGCGGGGCUGUGGCAGCCCCGGGACAGGCGCAUUUCAAGCGCGGCGAGGGUCCCGUCGCUCUAGAUGAUGUGGAGUGCGUGGGGACGGAAGCCAAGCUGUGGUGGUGCCUGCACAAUGGCUGGUUUGCCCACAACUGUGGCCACCAUGAGGACGCCAGCGCCGUCUGCUCAGCCUCUCCGCCUCACUCGACACCAUCAGCUGCCGAGAGUUCCACCGUGUCAGCAUCCUUCCCAAAGUCAACAGCGAUGCCCACCUCAGCAGGUCUGCGCCUGCGGCUGGUGAACGGGUCGAGCCGGUGUGAGGGCCGAGUCGAGGUCUACCACGCCGACACGUGGGGCACCGUGUGUGACGACAGCUGGUCCGUGGAGAAUGCGCACGUGGUCUGCAGGCAGCUGGGCUGCGGCCUGGCCGUGUCCGCCCUCUCGGGGGACAGCUUCAGCCCCGGCUCGGGCCACAUCCUCCUGGAUGACGUCAGGUGCACCGGAAGGGAGUCCUCCCUGGAAGAGUGUGCUCACCGAGGCUGGUUCAGCCACGACUGUGGCCACCACGAGGAUGCCGGUGUCAUCUGCUCAGGGGCGACAGCUGCUGGACAGCCAGGUAUCUCUGAGUUUCCAUCCGGUGUAUCUACUGACAGCAUCAGCCACAGAAAGGACCACGACACCUGGCUCUGCCUCAAUUGCAGACACCGACUUGGCUCUUACAGCUGGACCUCUGAAUAUCGCUGCAACUACUCCAGCAGACAUCUUGUCAACCUCAGCAGAAGUGACCUCUCCAUCCGAGGUACCUUCAACCCCGGCAGAAGUGCACCUGUCCUCCGGGGCAGCUCUCUCGGCAGACGGGACACCUUCGUCUCCAGUCACAGAUCCAAUGUCAACCAAAGUGAUACCAUUACCUGUUACAAUUUCAGUGGAUGAAGAAAUGAUCCCUCUACUUGGUAACUUCUUUUUGUUUCUAACCACCGAAAUGAUGAUGACUUUACAAUGAUGCUGUUAGAAUCCUUUCUGUCUCAUUUCCCU